AUGUUUCUGACAGUUAAAGUUCGUCUGUACACCCUGUAUAUUUCAAAACAUUCACACCUACACAUUCAACGGUACACAUUCACACCUACACACUCAACGCUACACAUUCACACCUACACAUUCAACGCUACACAUUCGUCAUCUACACAUUCACACCUGCACAUUCAACGCUACACAUUCACACCUGCACAUUCAACGCUACACAUUCACACCUACACAUUCAACGCUACACAUUCACACCUACACAUUCAACGCUACACAUUCACACCUACACACUCAACGCACACAUUCACACCUACAUUCAACACAUUCGUCAUCUACAUUCACCUGCAUUCAACUUCAUUCACACCUGCACAUUCAACGCUACACAUUCACACCUGCACAUUCAACGCUACACAUUCACACCUACACAUUCAACGCUACACAUUCACACCUGCACAUUCAACGCUACACAUUCACACCUACACAUUCAACGCUACACAUUCACACCUACACAUUCACAGUGCCGAGGAUCACAGCAAAACAACUAAUUCUUCAGAAGCUCUUUGA